AUGCCUCUAAAAGAAAAAGAAGAUAGAAGUAAUACCUCAUCACCAGCAUCAUGGUAUAAAAAUCAAAAAAUGUAUACACCAUCAGUAACAAAUUCUGAAAAUGAAGAAGAACAAGAGACAUCUUACAAUAUUAAAAGAGCAUUUAAUCAAGAACAAGAAGUCUAUAAUGAAGAAAACCAACAAAUACCAAUAACAUAUGACUACUCAGUAACACCAAACUUAUUACCUUCACGAUCUUCUAAAUCUUCUGCUUAUGCAAAAUUUAAAGAAUUAGUAGAAAAUAAAAUACAACAAAGAAAUGAAGGAAUAAGAGCACUAGCUAAUGAAAGUGAUGAUGAAAGUUUAACUAAAGAAUAA